AUGUGGUUGUUACAGAUUUCGACGACAUUGGAUCCAUGCGAUAACAUUUUUGAUUAUUACUGCGAAGAGAAGCCAGUUCUUCGACUAUUCAAUCCACGAAAUGAAGCGGCAUGUGAAAUCGAGGAGCAUCAAGGAUACACUAACACAACGACACCUGGAAGCCAAAGCUUCACAGAUGUCGUUGAUCUGACGAUCGUAUCGAAGUGGCUUGUGGAGAUUUUCAUUUUGAAGAAUGGAAAACAUGUUAAAAUUCAAGGCGAACGGCACAAGGCGUUUUUGACAAAAUCCAAAGAGGAUCAAAUGUACGAGAUUAUGGAAAUCAUUGAGCCUGUCACCCUUGAAUAUAUUAACAAGUUCUACUUGGGUUUGAACAGUACUGUUACGAAAAUGAGAGAGUUGAAGCUACCAAUAAGCCGGAAGAAUCCGUUCUAUCACGAAGAGUUUGAAAAAUUCCGCAUGAUGUUCAUUGAUAACAUAAAAAAAUAUUCGAGAAUAUCGAAUGAUGAAAAAGAAGAUGCGAUUGAACGACUCAUGUCGCAAAAACCAUAUUUUGCGUUUUUCAACUAUAACAAUGUGAGUAAAUGGGAGGAAACGAAGGAAAUCUACGAAAAGGAAUAUCAUCAGAUGAAAUCGAAAAUUCGUCAAGAGGAUCUGGCUUUGAGCUAUGCGGAAAAAGCAAUUCGAAUUGCCGCUGCCGAGAAGGCAACAUCGCAUUUAAGGGAAUAUAUUUCGGAAUUUUCCGAGCGAUUUGUCUUCCAAUUAAUUAUUGGCACUUCGACUUUGGAUUGCUUCAAUUAUGAAGGGGAAAUUCAUUUCGGUACUUUGGCACGAUUUGGAAAGCAAUCUCAGAAUGAAUAUCUUCCACAAUUCCGAUUCGUUAUUGCUCAUGAAUUGGGGCACGCAUUUUAUGAUCUUCAAGAAAAAAUAAUCAAUCCUGAUCUUUACGAACGAGAAGAAAAAUGCGUGAAUGAGAGCAUGACACAAUUUUCUAUAAAUGGAAAUAAUAUACCUGGCGCAAAUUACAAUCCACAAGACAAUAUUAACGAAGAUUUUGCAAAUAUGUGGGCUACUCGCUUGGUUCUACAGGAUGCUGCCGCUUCGGCAUCAAAUAAUGAUGAUAUUCGAAAAACCGUCGAAGUAAUCUUCAAACAGUUCUGCAAUAUGAAAUUCUCUACAAGCUCAACACUUAAUCCAGCUUUGAUUUCUUACAAUUUCAUGAUGGCUCAACUUCCAACAUUCAAGCAACUAUAUAAUUGUAAACCUGGUGAUCGAAUGUACAUUGAAGACGAUCAAAUUUGCACAAGUUUGGAUACCCGUUUGGUCUCGGAGUUGUAUGAGCCUCAAGUUCUCUCCAUGGAUGAUCUUAAGAUUGUCUCGGAGAGCAUGAAAAUUUUAGAGGAGACCGCUGAUGACGUUGAAGAGAAGAUUCAGAAGAUUGAGGACGGUGAAGUUGUUGAGGAGGAAAUUGUUGAUUUGGUUGAUAUAAGCAAAGAGCUCCCAAUAAAUGAAGAAGAGGAUGACGAAGUUUUAGUACCCACAGUUACCGAAGAGUCAACUGAAGAGCCAACGGCUGAGCCAAUAGAAGGUCCCACUGAUGAGCCAACGGUUGAGCCGACAGAAGUCCCCACUGAAGAACUAACGGAAGCGCCAACAGAAGAGGUCGCCGUUCAGCCAACAGCAGAACCAAUACUAGUGGAUCUUCGGUGUCUUCUCAAAUGGUAUAAUGAAAUUGAUAUAUUAUUUGGCGGUCAUGUGUUCGUUAAUAUUGCUCACAAAGAAUCACACAAGCAGCGUUUCAAAAAAGUUAUAAAGCGGCUCAGCAACGCCAACAUCAGUUAUGUCAAUGUGUAUUACAACGCGCUGGUUGCAUGUGUCGAGAUCCUUACAGAUGUCAAACCACCAAUAUCAAAAAGAAACACGUUUUUGCAUUGGGUGUUCAAAAAACUCAAAAACGCUACAAUUCAAGAGAUUGAGGAUAGCAGAUCUCUCAAUCAAACAGUCAAGAAAAACCUAAUUAAUCGAGUUCUCAAUACUCAUACAUUCUUUGCUCUUUAUGACUUCAACAAUGUUACCGUACUCCAAGAAGCAAAAACGGUAUUUGAAAGGGAAUAUCAUAGAAAGAAAUUGAUGCUUUCCAAAGAAGAUCUUCAACAUCCCCUCGCUGAAAUUAUACUGAGACUUGGUGCCAUUGAAGAAUCCAUGGGUGUGCUUAGAAAUUAUGUCGAUAAAUAUAUCGAUCGGUUUAUAUUCCAAGCCAUCGUGGCAAACCCAACCAAUGAUGCAUUCCAGUAUUUGAACAAUAAUCAUAUCACGGUGAUCACCAGAAAUGAUUUGAAGAAGCCAAAAAAGGCGCUUGCUGACACAAUCUUCGUCACAAUCCAUGAACUCCUUCAUAAUAUUUAUCCUCAUGGCAAGGAUUAUAUGCCUAGCAAUGUGUAUGAGACAGCUUUCAAUUGCACCGCACAACAUGUCAAAAGAAUUGGAGAAUCCGAUCAAGUGAAACCCGAAUCUAAGAAAUGGUUCAAUUAUGGAAACGUUCAUGAGGAUGUUGUCAAUAUUAUGGCUUGGCGAUUGGUUAUGAAAUUAUCCGCACAGGAGUCGUAUAGUGAUGAUGAGCUUAAAGCCACGAUCGAAACCAUCAUGUCAGGACUUUGUCGUCAAAGUGUUCGAAAGAAUUCUCCAAUUCCAUUCCAUCACCCAUUGGAAAUUUCAUUAAAUAGCGCUGUUGCUCAAUAUCCUCUUUUCCAAAAGCUCUACAAAUGCACGAAAACGGAUCGGCUAUAUGUUGAGCAGAGUGAAAUGUGUAAACCAUUUGGCGACGAGGAAAAUAUUGCCAAAUAUCAUGCAAAAGGGUCGAGUGAGAGUUUAGGGUUUUUCGAUGGAUUGCUGGAAAAUGCGAGAAGAAUGAAUUUCACAUAUGAAGUCGACAAUGAGAUUUAA